AUGGAUCUCACGCGAUUUGGUGGAUAUUAUCUUGUUCUUUCGCUUGAGCGUUGGAUUUUACAGGCGUGGCUCGCGGUCCUCGCCCUAAUAGCUGGUGGAUCUGCCGAUGUAGUUUAUCGGGAUCCACGCACUAGGAAUCAAGAGCCCAUAGAUGUGCCAGACCCAGAGAAUUUGAGUAGAGUAACGAGAGAUGCACAAACACCAGUUCCACUCGACCAAAAUGCCCGGAACGAAGCCGAUAAGAAUGUAGAGGAAAAGUCCCCGAAGAAACGACAGCUCAGUGGUUUGAGUUUCUCGAAACAAGAGUUUCCACCUUUACCACCCAUGACAGUGGAUAUAACAAAUCCCUUUCCUCGAUCUACCAAUCUAAAGGGGAAUGAUAUCCCUAGUUACACUUUACCGAUUACCCCCGAUAUAUUAGAACGAAAAUUUGAUCACGGAAUUCGUCGAGACAGUCACCACGCCGCCUCUUUCCAUCACGGUCAUCAUCAUGGUCAUGAACACAAACACGGCCAUCACCACGGCCAUCACAGCAAGCACGAUCAUGGACAUCAUCACAAACACGAGCAUGGACAUCACCAUAAACAUGGCCACGAUCAUAAACAUGGCCAUCAUCAUGGAGCACAUCAUCAUCAUCAUGCCGAACAUCAUCAUAAACAUGAUCACGAGCACAAACAUGGCCAUCAUCACGACCAGCAUCACAAACAUCAUGGAGAGCAUCAUCACAAGCAUCAUCACGAUCAUAAGCAUGGCCACAAGCACGGACAUGAGCAUAAACACGGCCACGAUCAUCAUCACAAACAUGGACAUCAUCAUCACUCGAAGCACGAGCAUCAUGAAGAGCAUAAACAUCACGGCGAGCAUCAUCACCACCAUAAACACAGUCACCAUAACGAGCAUCACCAUCACCACGAUCAUCAUCACGUCAAUGAGCAUCAUCAUCAUCAUUCGCAUAAGGAAACUGAGUCGCAUCAUCAUCAUCACGGACAUGGACACAAAGAAGAGCACAAGCACGAGCAUAAACAGGAGCAUCACCACAAACACGGACAUGAACACAAACACGGUCAUCACGCCGAUCAUCAUCACGGCCAUCACCACGAUCAUCAUCAGAAACACGGCCACGAGCAUAAGCACGGCCAUCACGAAGAUCACAAACACGGCCAUCACGAGGAUCACCAUCACAAACACGGACACGAACACAAACAUGGUCAUCACGUUGAUCAUCACCACAAGCAUCAUCACGAACACAAACACGGACACAAGGAGGAGCACAAGCAUGAUCAUCACGAGGAUCAUAAACACGGACAUCAUCAUCAUCACAAACAUGGACAUCAUCAUCACGGCCAUCACAAACACGACGAGGGACAUCACUACGAGGGCCACCACGAUCAUCAUCAUCAUCACAAAGCAUCCGAAGAUCAUCAUCAUGAUUAUGACUCGGACAAGACAUUCGAUGGAGGACUACUCUUUGGUGCCACCGAAACACUUGAAGAGUACAAUUUUCCUGAUGAAGGUGUGCCUUCAGAAGAUCAAAUUGUUGUUGUUGAUCUUAAGAAAGAGCCCAGCUCCAUCAAAGCCACACUCGCUACACCAACACAGCCGGCUAUUACUGUUAGAAUAAAGGCAUUCUUCGUUUCACGACAAAAUAACUUGCUGGAGAUUCCACCUCAUGAUAUAUCUUCGGUUAGUGAUAUAACACAUAACUAUAGGUACUCUGUCAAGACUGAAAGUUCAUCGUUCCGGAACUGGUGUAUCUCUCACUCUCACCCAGUGAGAUUACAGUGCAUCGUGUUCACACUUUUCAAAGCUUUUAAAUUUCGUAAUGGUCAGACAAACGAGUACAGUGAGAAAAUCAAUCGUCAAUGCUGUUUGCAAAGUACUCCCCCGGGUGCCGUACAAACAUUCACGACUAUUAUAGAAUUUUUGAAUUUAUGA